AUGGUAGGAUUCCGAUAUCUGUUCCUGUACCUGUACCUCGGUCUGGUAGGACCCUGCCAGGGAAGAUCAGUGAGGGACGCCACCCGCUGGAAAGAAGGCAAGGAUCUCCUGGACGAAGCCGACGACCCGGAGAACCUCUUCGGACCCGUUGAGGGAGAUUUCCUGAAGAUGCUGAACCUGUCGGGAGUUCCUCAGGAGCAGAGGCAGGUCCGGCCUCCUCUGUUCAUGAUGGAGCUGUACAACAGAUACGCCGCCGAUACGUCGUCCGUCCCGCACGCCGAUGUCAUUCGCAGCUUUGUUAUACGAGAUGCGACCCGCUCAGUCACCAGCAAGCACAAGAACAGACUCAGACUUCUGUUCAAUGUUUCCAUUCCCACCUAUGAAAAAGUCACCAGGGUCCAGCUUCAACUCUUCACACUGUGGGAUGGAGAUCAAUCAGCCUGUUGUGACGUUUUCACUUCUGUUAGCGUCUACAACGUCGUGCACCUUCAAAAUCGGGACAUAUUCCAGUUACUGGACAGGAGGGACGUCGGCAGCGCAGAACACAGCUGGGAGGCGUUUGACGUGACGAGUGGCGUCCAGAAAUGGCUCCAGUCGAAGCGUGGAGCCGGAGAACUUCAGGUCGACGUGCAGAGCCACGGCUGUGGGUCGUCUGAAACAGGAGGGAAGAAUAUCAGCCUGAAUUUGGAGGACAACACGAGCCCGGUUCUCAUCGUCUUCUCGGAUGAUCUGGAGAACAGGAACCGAAAAGCCAAAUCUGAGCUCACGGAGAUGAUGACCCACGAGGAGCAGAACUUCUUCUUGAACCCGGAUCCUUUCGAAGACUCGAGCAACGAGGUGGAGCUGGAUCGGCAUCCGAGAAGAAAACGGAGCCCGCGGAAGGACUUCUGCCACAGGACUUCGAUGAAGGUGAACUUUAAGGACAUCGGAUGGGACAAAUGGAUCGUCGCGCCUCCCGAGUACGAAGCCUACGAAUGCAAAGGGGCGUGUUCUUUCCCCCUGACGGAUAAAGUCACCCCGUCCAAACACGCCAUCAUUCAGACGCUGGUGAAUCUGAGAAACCCGAAGAAGGUGAACAAAGCGUGCUGCGUACCGACGAAGCUGGACCCCUUAACGGUCAUGUACCAGGAGAACGGUGUCAUCACUGUCAGGCACCUUUACGAGGAGAUGAAAGUGGCAAAAUGCGGCUGUAGGUAACGGGGACACAAACUCCUGGACCCACACAGUCUCUUCAUAACACAUUAUUAAGCUCUACAGACAGUAAUGAUCAGAGGUUACGUUCACCUGUAAGAUACAUGCAUGUCUUAUGUACAAACCAUGGGGAUUAAUACGGCCUAUUGCAGCAAUAACAGUCUCAAGUUUUUAGAUCAGUGUUCAGAAUCAUUUUACCUUCUAUAAACAAAAAUAAUUUGUGUAAACACCCCCACACGCCCUGCACACCUGUAUUUAUUAAAGGGUGAUUCUUCAAUUGGGGGAACUUUUACGUCCCUAAGUUAUAAAUUUGUGUUAAAAAUACUUUAUUACAAAACAAAUAGUUUAGGUAUUAAAAAGAUCAUUUAUUGCAUCACUAAAAAAAAUUACAUACCAAAAUAAUUAUGAUUUCCAUUUUUUAUGAUGAUUUAAACAUCAAUAUUUUGCUACUUUGGCCUUGUCCCCAACCCAGACUUUAAAACUUCUCUGCUCUAAUAAAAUGCUAAAAAGUGAUCAAUUCAUUAUAAAAAUCACAAUAUGAGUUUUAUAAUAACUUAAAAAGAAACAAAAUGUAAUUUUUUUUCAUAUUUGUACAACCUAUGCAUAUUUUUGAGCAAUAUAUUACUGUCAUUAUCGUCAACCAAAAAUAUCGUCAACCAGCAUUAUCGUCAUUACCGCAACAGCGUAUGGUUUCUGUAGGGAAUCAUUUGAAGGUAACACUUGUUUAUGUUGUAACCAUGGAAACAAAGACUCGCAAGGAAGCACAUGCCAGCCAUGAGAGCAGAUUAACAUUUUAAUGUCUGGAAAUGUGAGUAAUUUAAUCAUGUAUUCCUCCUGAUCAUAGAGUAUAUUUAUUCAGCGUCAUUACCAUUUACAUUAAUAUGGCAGUACUUCACCAAAAAAAAAGAAAUGUACACAUUAUUUAUAUUUAUUUAAAGUGCAUCUUGUACUAGCUGUUGACUAGCUUUAGCAAAUCCAUGGCCUAGCUAGUUUUGUUCUUAAAAAAAGUAAAAAAUUGUCAUUACCAACACAUAAUGACAUUUUGCUGCCACUUCGCAGAUAAAUAUGAAAUAUUAAAAUUCUAUAUAAGCUCAGUUGUAGCCAUCAUUAAGUCUUUGCUCUAAAGCAUGUGAGCAUUAUCUUGACAUAAUUAAAACUAAAUUAUUACUAAUUUUAUUUUUCAAAAGUUAAGAUGGUCAAAAGAGCCCGCAAUUGAAGAAUCCUCCUAAAAUAUUCUAAAAUUAUUUAAUUACUUUCAUUAAAUCCAUAGCACAAGAGCUAUAAACUUA